AUGGUCACUGUAGCAAUCGCUGGAGGUACCGGUGGCGUGGGCCGAACAAUCAUUGAAGAACUUGUUGGUCAAGACAAACACGAAGUUCUGAUCUUGAGCCGAAAGGCUAACAAGAUACCAGGACUUGAGUCUGUACGAGUAAUCGAAGCAGACUACGAGGAUGUAGCGUCUGUCAAGCAGUCUCUCCAGAAACACAACAUCGAAGUUGUUAUAUCUGCGUUGGCACUUUUCACUGAAGAAAGUGCGAAAGCUCAGAUGAAUCUCAUCCAAGCAGCAAUCGAUUCUGGCUCAGUGAAGCGCUUUAUGCCCAGCGAGUACGGGGUCAACUACUCACACCCAGGAGUCCUCGAAUUUCACCCAGCAGCGAAAUGGUGGUUGGAUGCUGCCGAUUUACUCCGCAGCUCUCAUCUCGACUUCACACGUGUCAUGUUCGGCUGGUUCUCAGAUUACUUUGGCAUGCCGCAUUGCAAGAGUAAUAUGAAGCCUUUUAAAUAUGCCCUUGAUUUCGACAACCAGAAAGCGGCACUCCCGGGCGACGGCGAGGCGUCAGUCACGUUCUUGCAUUCCACAGAUGUUGCGAAGUACAUUGCUGCUCUAUUGGAUGAGGAGAAGAGAUGGCCCGAGUUCAGUGCUUUUGCUAGCGACAAGUUGACAUGGAACAAAGUCGUGGAAACUGCUGAGAGAGUAACUGGCGGAAAAUGGGAAGUCACCUAUGAUCCCAUCGACAAGUUGGAGCAGGGUCAAGCGACGCUGUUCAAGCAACCUGAGGGUUCUUAUGGACUUCCCGAAGAUGCUACUCGCACCAUGAUGGCUGAGUUUGGUGUCAUGGCCGUCAAAGGCAUUAUGGAUAUCACAGGAGAGGGAUUGAGGAACGAUGUCUUCCCAGAGGUACAUCCGAUCACGGUAGAGGCUUUGAUGCAAAAGGCCUGGGGAAGCAGGUAA